CUAAAUAUUUUAUUAUUUAUUCGACACCGCCGUUUCGCUUUUAAUGUUGUAAAACUCUUACGUGACAUUCAUUGAUAUUUGACGUCGUUAAAUUAAUGCACGAUAAUAAACGUCGUCGAGAUGUACUCUCUGCUUUUUCUAUCAUGUAUCCCAUAAUAAACUUAAGUUAAGUGUUAUAUCAUUGUAUAAAUAGUUGCAAUAAAAAAAAAAAAAAAGAAAGAAAAGAAAAGAAAAAAAAAAUGCAAACGAAAGUAAAAUAUGCAAUAUACUGCAGAUACAUGUAUCUCUGUUACGAGGUCACGUAUGCGCGUUAAUGUCCAAUUUGCGAUGACGGAACGUGCGAUAUGCACGUGUAGCGGCUGCUUUCGCGAGCAAAGUAUACCUUCGUGUAUAUAUACAAGCAAAAGAAAAGAAGAAAAUUGACGUAGAUCAUGCGCAGCGAUCGACGCGCGCAAUUCUAGCGUGAACGUGUAGACGCUUACACGAUUAUGAAAAUGUUUAGGCGGUUUACUUUAAAAUCGAAUCUAAUCAAAAAGAAAGGAUACCAGAUCAACCUGGCAUAUGUUUCUCUAGGGUUUAUAUUCCAUUACGAAGGAUCGAUCUCGAUCGAUAGAUCUACGUAGAUACGAUAUGUAUACAUACAUACAUAUAUAUAUAUAUAUAUAUAUAUAUAUAUAUAUAUAUAUAGUACCUAUGGGUGCUGUUUAAAAUGCAAUAAAAGUGGUAGAGUCCGCAUCGUAUUUUUGCUCACCUGUGGGAUCCACUCGCAUCAGAAUUGCUUUGAAUGAAUCAUGAUUUGUGGCGCUGUUGGCUAGCUGGCUGACUGGCUGGCUGGUUAGCUAGCUGACUGACUGUAAAAAGGGAGAGACUCCGUCGACGAUCAAUAACCGAAAGCGUGUGCACCACUAGUGGAGAGAAAGAGAAAGAGAUGCGGAGACGACGGUGGCGGCUGAGACAUUCUCCGAGUUGCGAUCGGAGUAGUAACGCGAGAUCUCGAUCAACGCUUACCCAACAAACGUUUUAUCAUCACCCUUCUUAUUUUCGCUCGUUUUCUAAUCGACGAGUCUCCUAUUCAUUUUUGAGUUCCCUUCGUUUUCGUUCUUCCACUUCUUCGCUUCUAAAGGGGAGAAUUCGCUCGCUCGUGAAAAAGUCUAUACGAACUAUCGACUUUCGGAAUAGGUCAAGCACGUCGUCGAAGAUAUCCGUAUAACAACGAGAGCACGUGCCUUUAAACAUUUCGCUCCCCUCUGUCGAGGGAACAAUUUCAAUUAUUUCUUUUUCUUUCGGGUUUCUUUUAUUUUUUUCUUUUUUAGUAUUCACGAACGGAUACGUGAAGAAAAAAGAAACGCGUGUGGAACGGGACAAACGUUGGUUGAUUUAGUGUAACGGUGCACGGCGAGAGAUCUUUGCAAGAGAAAUAUGAAGCUAGAACGAUAUGAUAAAGACGGUAUGAUUUGGUGUCCUUCUUGAAAAGAUUUUUUUAAUCUUCUCCAAGAAGAUUCCUCUUAUCGCGUCUAACAAUAUCGUCUAUUUAAAAUCAGUGGCUUAAGAUCACAUACGGUAAAUCGUAUUGAAUUUUCGAUUGUCCUUUCAUCUAAAUGAUAAUAAGCGAUAUAUCUAAAAGAGAAAGGACUAGAGAGAGAGUGAUGUUACUCGCUGUGGGUGGCGAAUCACGUAGGAUAGUGUUAGGUGAAGUGCCACCGAUUCAACCGGAACAGGAACAAGAACCUGCUCAAGAUGUUGCGGCUCAAUGGUUGCAAUCCGAUGAUCAAACUACCACCACCACGACGACGACGACGGCGACGAACAUGACGAAAAAUAAUCGGGGUACUCCUGGUCUUGUUCCGGUACCACAACCACGACAAAGGAUUGGAAAAUUUGAAAAUCGCGUAUCCGGAAAUAGGAAUCGUAAGUCGCGUAGAAGACGCAUUACGACGACAGACGUUUGACCGGUGUUUUCCCAGUGCAAAAUGCUAAACUAUAUCUACAAAAUAAAAGUUGUUUCAAUGUAUAUCUCUCAUGCAUCAUAUAUCAUGUUAUCAUUUUUAUUUAUCUCGUUGGAGAGGUCGCUCGACUAUUCGUCAUAUUUCUUAUUCGUAGAUAUACUUUCUCAUUUGUGUAAUUACAUAUUUAUCGCAUUUAUGUAUUUGUGAAAUUAGAAGAUUUUGUCCGUUGGCACAAUUCAAUAAAGUUCGAAUAUAAAUGAAUAAAAUACGACGAUACACAUAAUGUGUGUCACAUAUCAAUCAUAUUUCAUUAAGACCUGUACUUUUGACGCUUCAUACUUCUAAUUGAAUUAAAGAGUAACUUAAGAUUGAAAAAUUAAAU